UUUGAGCAGACUGCCCGAAAAUACGGCACCGACAAAGUCACCACUCACAGAUACCAUUUCAUGUACGAAAAGUACCUAUCCAGCAUUCGAGAUGAAGAGCUAAAAGUCUUGGAGAUCGGACUCGGCUGCAACAUGGACUACGGCCCCGGAGCGUCCUACUACACUUGGCUCGAAUACUUGCCGUCCGUCGAUCUCUACUAUAUCGAGUACGACAGGCAGUGCGCCGAAAAGUACCAAGACAAAACCGCCAACGCACAUGUGUUCAUCGGCGAUCAAGCAGACACCGUCUUCCUCGCAAGGUUCUCCACAGAGGCAACGGCAGACGGCUUAUUCGACGUCAUUAUCGAUGAUGGUGGGCAUACGAUGGAUCAGCAGAUUACAUCCCUAGAGUUUCUCUGGAAAGCUGUUAAACCCGGCGGCUUAUAUGUGAUUGAGGAUCUGCAGACUAGCUACUGGGAGUCGUUUGGCGGAGACCCUGCCGGGAGGCGGUCCUCAAAGGAGACUACAAUAACGCACUUGUACCAGCUCAUCGACGACUUGAUGAUUGGGAAAAGCGCGAAACAGAUUAGCCGCGACUUGCUCUCUAUCGAUUGUAUGGCAGAAAUUUGUGCACUGCGAAAGAAGGAACAGUUGUAA